UGAUAUAGCAGCUGGAGAUGUUCUAGAAGAGAUUCCUGCUCAUAAUACGGAGUUGUGGUCAAUUUGUCUUCAACCUGAUAUGAGAGGAUGUGUAACUGGAGGUGGUGAUAACACAGUAAAAUUUUGGCAAUUCGAAUUAAUAGUCGACGAAAAAAGUGAAUCAAAAGCAAAAGUUUUAUCUUUAUUACACACACGAACUUUAAAACUAGAAGACAGCGUCCUUUGCGUAAAAUUAUCACCUGAUAACCGAUUCGUAGCCGUUGCUUUAUUAGAUUCAACAGUUAAAAUAUUCUUCACCGACACAUUUAAGUUUUAUCUUUCGCUUUAUGGUCAUAAACUUCCCGUUCUUACAAUGGACAUUUCAUCCGAUUCUACAUUAAUAGCAACAGGUUCAGCUGAUCGUAACAUGAAAAUAUGGGGUUUGGAUUUUGGAGAUUGCCAUAAAAGUCUCUUCGCUCACGAUGAUUCCGUAACAAGUGUUAAAUUCGUCCCAAACACUCAUUAUAUUUUCACAUCCGGGAAAGACGGCAAAAUUAAACAAUGGGAUGCUGAUUCAUUUUUAAAAAUUAUCACAUUACAAGGUCAUAUUGGUGAAUGUUGGUCAUUAGAUGUAAGCCCAAAUGGUCACUACAUAAUUUCAAGUGGCUCAGAUAGAGUAUUAAGAUUAUUCGAAAAAAGCGAACAAGUUGUUGUGCUUCAAGAUGAAGAGGAAGAUGAGCGAGAACAAGAAGAAUCUUUAGUAACUGGGGAACAAACGGUAGCUCCUGGAUUACCUGGUUUAAAUUUACCAUCUAAAAAAACUAUUGGGAGUGAGAAAGGAGCUGAAAGUAUUCUCGAAUGUUUAGAAAUUUGCGAAAAAUAUAAAGAACUUUUAGCGGAACACGCUUCUCUACAAGCAGCUUCAAGUCAAUCUUUACCUCUUCCACAACCCCCACCUUUAAUGCAAGCUUUAAACGUUUCAACGCCAAAUGAUUUCUUAUUAGAAACCGUAAGAAGGAUUAGAUCGAGCGAUUUAGAAGAAGCACUUCUUUUAUUACCAUUCCCUUCAGUUUGCGAAAUUCUUUUAAGCUUACCUGCUUUAGUGAUGCGAGGAGAUCAAACGGAACUCGUUUGUAAAUUAUUAAUGUUUCUUUUAAGGAUACAUCACGCUUCAAUAGUUGCUAAUAAUUCAUUACUUUCGGUGUUAAAACAAUUACAAAAAUGUGCUAUGGUUAAAAUUGAAGAACAAAGGGAUUUGGUGGGUUAUAAUUAUUAUGGCAUGCAAUUUUUGCAAAGGGAAAUUGAAGCUGCUGAGGGAAUACAAUUGUUUAGGGAUGCUACAAUUGAACGAAGGAAAGGAGAAAAGAAAAGAAGAAAUAGGGAGAAAAUUAAAAGAUCGAUUAUGGUUCUUAAUACAUAAU